AAUACGUGGAUCGUUGUAGCAGGUAUACCUACUCUUUCGCAUGGUUAAACGCAGUGAAAACUCACCAAAAUAUCACAGUUGCACAAAGAAUGUCAAGUGCCACCCCGCUAAUCCGAAUGGGGUAGUCAGCUAAACAAAUUAAUAAAUACGAUCAACAAUAAAAAAAACAACAAAAAUGGAAUCUCCAACAUUUUUUCCAAAUCAGUGCAUCAUUUGUCAAUCGACAACGAAAUUAAGUAGAUGCUCAAGUUGUAAUAUGGUUCAAUAUUGCAACAAAAACCAUCAAAAGCAACAUUGGCCACAACAUAAAGCAUUUUGUAAAGCAAUUGCAAAAUUUUUAGAAACAAAAAAAAUUACUCACAUUUAUGAAAAAAUUUCAAAUAAAUCUUUUGAUUCUUGGGCAUGGGCAGCUGGUCUAAUAAUACAAGAAGUUGUACGAAAUUUAAAACGACUUCCAAUUUCAAUUGAAAGUGAUAUAUUAAAUUUUCCCCGUCUAUGUUUUGUUUGUCGUGAAGCUAAACAAGAAAAACUGCAAAAUUGUCCAAAUUGUCCAUUGGCAAGUUUUUGUGAUCAACAUCCCAACAGUGAAAUACACGAAAGACAUUGUUACAUAAUGAAAAAUAAUUCUGAAAUUAUUCUACGAAAAGCAAAUACAAAUCCGUAUAUUUUAAAAAAUCAAAUGAAAGCAUUGGCAAAAGGUACAAAAAUUUUAAAACCUAAUGACGAAUCACCAACAUCGAUUAGACAAUUUUACGAUAACUACACAAAGCCAAACUGUGAAAUUUCAGAAAUUCAAAAAAUUUUCCUCUCUGAAUUCUUUAGCAUCUCGUUGACAAUGUUUCACAAUUUACAAAUGAUUUAUUUCGACAAUUUUCCACCUGAAAUUGUUAUUCAUCUUGACAUUGUUGGUGCAAUGACGUUAAUAAUUAUUGAUGAUUAUUGGGAAAUUCUAUUACAUUUAAUACCAGAUGUAAAAAUUAUAAAAAUAAUUCAUAUCGAGGGUGAGAUAAAUCACAUGAGUGAACCAUCACUUUGUAAGGAUUGUAAAUUAAAGAAAAAAAAAUUAUUUAUUGAAGCUAAUUCCAUGCCGUAUGAGAGAUAUUUAACUCAAUCAAGUUAUCAAAAACCAUCAUUAAUUGCUUAUUUAAAUAUAAAUCCACCGGGUUAUGAAAAUAUAGUUGCACGAAAUGAUUGGCUUAAAACGAUCGAGCGAUUCCGUAAAGUCACGUCUCCAAUGCUUUUUGCUCCAAUUAACGAAGAAAAAUUGACAAUCGUUGAAAAAGAUUUCUUAAAUUCUUCAAUUAAAUUUAACAUUAUUUAUAGUGGAUUUAAUCAUUUUUCACCAUUGGUUCAUAGGGAGAUAUAUGGUGACGGUUCAGUAAAUCGAAAUUAUCAAUUUUUAAUUCUUCUUCAACAAACUGACGUCAAAUCUAAUUUUGAAUCACCCAAUUCAAAAAUAAAUCGUCCCCGUUCAUGUUUUUAUUCACAAAUUUGUCACGUUUGCCGAAAAUUUGAAGCAAAAAUAAUUUGCAAUCGAUGUCGAAUUAUUUCCUAUUGCAACAAUAAACAUCGUGAUCAAGAUCAAAUUCAUCACAAGGACAUUUGUCGAGUAAUUUUAAUGUUGAUGAAAGAAAUGAACACAGCGAAUCUUUUUGAUAAUGCAAAAACAUCAGAUUCAGAAUUAUGGCUACGUGCAAAAAUUGAUAUAAUGAAAAAAGUGAAAACAAAACUUGGUAGAAAAUUGGAGGAGUAUGAAAAGCAAAUGUUUCUAUUUCCCAAGGCAUGUGCAAUUUGCCACGACAGCGAUUCGAGUUUAUUGAAAAAUUGUGAAUGUGGGGUCAGUCUCUGCAAAAUUCACAAUAAAGAUCCAAAUCACAAAAAAUUGUGUAAAGAAUUAUCGAUUGCCUAUAAAAUGUCUACAACUGAAACGGAGCCAAAUUUAAAUUUUAUGAUACGAAUAAAUGUUGUUAAAGGUUCUAUUGAUGAAUAUCCAUCGUCAAUGCUUGAGUUUAUAAAUUCUUUUUCUGAACCAUCAGUAACCGAUUAUCAAAAUCAUGAAGAGAUCAAUUAUCAACAUUUAGCGACAUCCAAUUUCAUAACUGAUAUGUUAACAUUAAGAUACUUUAUAAAAAAAAUUAAUCCACUUUUUACGACGUCGACGACUACAUUGGUGAUUCAUAUUAUUGUCGUAAACAAAAAUGAACUUACGUCAGAAAAUUCUUGGAAACAAUUUUUAUACUCAUUUCAACAACUAAAAAAUUUAGAAAUUGUUUUCAUUGGACCAGAAGUACCAAAUUGUCCAGAUAGAAUAGUCAACACAUCCGAAUUAAAUACAAUUGAAAAAAGAAGAUUAAAAAUCGAUUAUUGCAGCACAACAUAUGAUAAAUAUUUCAGAAAUAAAAAAUUCAUCAAACCGCAAAUAAUCUUAGGAUGUAAUCUUAAUAUUCAUGAGAGUAAAUUAUUCGAAAUUUUAGAAAAUACUUGGAAGGAGACAAUUUUAACGGUGGAAAAAGUUGGUGUUCCAUUUAUUUUAACAUCGGGUACAAAAGAACGUGCCGAAAUGGAGCAUAAAAUAAUUUGCGAUCUUCUUGGAAAAUCUGUGAAUUUUCAAUUUUUCGAAGAAAAUCCAUACUCAUCAUUAACACCGGAAAGAGAUUUUGAAACAGAAGGUGUCAUGUAUGCAAAUAAAUUUGUAAUUGCUUACGAUGGAAAAUAUCAAUAUUCCUCAAAUUUGACAAAUGAGAACAAAAUUAAAAUUAAUGAGAAUUCGCAAUUGACAACAAAUAUUACAAUAACAGAAGAAAAUAAUUCAAAGGCAAAAGAAAUUAUUAAUAAAACUAAUGAAAUAAAAGUUUGUGAAAAUUUAAGUAAUGAAAAUAAAAAUGAAACACCAGAUUUAUUAUUAUUACAGCAGCGUAAUAAAUUUCUUAUCGAUGAAAAUGAAAAAUUAAAAGAACAACUAAUUUCAGCGAAUACUCAAAUUGCAGAACAAAAAAAUCAAAUUUUAAAUUUAAAGAAAAUUUUCACCAAUUUUGUUGAAAAUAAUCAAGUUUUACAAUUGGAAAAAAUUUAUAACGAUUUUGUUGAAAAAUUCCAAGAAAAUAUUAAUGUUAACAUAUUGCGAUCGAUAAUCAAAAAUAAAAUGGAUGAUUCAAAUUAUUUUCCAAACGAAUGUAUCGUUUGUCAAUCGACAAAAAAAUUAAGUAGAUGCUCAAGUUGUAAUAUGGUUCAAUAUUGUGGUGAAAGUCAUCAAUUACAACAUUGGCCACAGCAUAAAUCAUUUUGCAAAGCAAUUUCAAAUGUUAUGAAAAAACAUAAUAUUACACAUAUUUUUGAAGAAUUUACAAAUAUAAUUUAUCCAUUAUGGUCAACGGCAACUAUUCCAAUUGUUACAGAAGUAAUAAAAGCAUUAAAACGAAUUCCAAAUUCAAUUGAAACAAAUAUAUUAAAAUUUCCCCGUGUAUGUUUCAUUUGUCGUGAAGCUAAACAAGAAAAAUUGAAAAAUUGUCCAAAUUGUCCAUUUGCAAGUUUUUGCGAACAACAUAAAAAUAAUAAAAAACAUGAGAAAUAUUGUCAAAUAAUGCAAAAUCGUUCUGAUAAUAUUUUAAAGAAUACAAAAUUUCGAUCAAAUAGUUUUCAAAAUAAAAUGAUAUCAAUAGCAAGUGGUACAAAAUUUUUAAAAACAAACGACAAAACACCAACAUCGAUUAGACAAUUUUUCAAUAACUAUACAAUACCAGAAUGUAAAAUUUCAGAAAAUGAAAAAAUCUUCUUCUCUGAAUUCUUUAGCAUCUCAUUGACAAUGUUUAAAUUUUUACAAAUGAUUUAUUAUGAUAAUUAUCCAACAGAAUUAAUUAUUCAUAUUGACAGUAAUGGACAGGAUGUGUUAACAAUGAUUGGUAAUUAUUGGGAAACUUUAUUACAUUUACUAUUAAAUGUCAAAAUUUUAAAAAUAAUUUUCAUUGGCGAAGAAGAAACUAAAAUGCAACAAGAAAUUCUUUGCAAUAAUUGUAAAACAAUGGGAAAAAAAUUAUUCAUUGAAACUUAUUCAAUAACAUACGAAAUGUAUUUGACACAAUCAAAUUAUGAAAAACCAUCUGUAAUUGCUAAUUUAAAUAUAUAUCCUUUGGAAAGAGAACAAAAAUCAACACGUGAAGAUUGGUUAAAUACCAUUGAGAGAUUUAGUAAAAUUUCAUGUCCAAUUAUUUUCUCAACAUUUAACGAAGAUAUGUUUGUAAUUGUUGAAAAUGAUAUUUUAAAUUAUUCCAAUAAUAAUAAAUUUAAAAUUAUUUACAAUGGAUUUAAUAAUUUUUCAUCUUUAAUGUAUAGUCAUUUACUUGGUGACGGCACACUACAUGCAAAUUCACAAUUUUUAAUUGUUCUUCAAGGAAAUUUAGAAAAUAAUUCCGAAUUAAAAAUAAAUCGUCCACGUUUGUCCUUUUAUCAACAAAUUUGUCAUGUUUGCCGAAAAUUGGAAGCAAAAAUAAUUUGCAAUCGAUGUCGAAUUAUUUCCUAUUGCAACAAUAAACAUCGUGAUCAAGAUCAAAUUCAUCACAAGGAUAUUUGUCGAGCAAUUUUAAUUUUAAUGAAAGAAAUGAAUACAGCGAAUCUUUUUGAUAAUGCAAAAACAUUGGAUUUGAAUUUAUGGCUACUUGCAAAAAUUGAUAUAAUGAAAAAAGUGAAAACAAAACUUGCCAGAGAAAUGAAGGAUUAUGAGAAAGAAAUGUUUCUAUUUCCCAAGGCAUGUGCAAUUUGUCAUAAUAGUGAUUCGAGUUUAUUAAGAAGCUGCGAAUGUGGGACAUUUCUCUGCAAAAUUCACUAUAAAGAUGAAAAUCACAAAAAAUUGUGUAAAGAAUUAGCGAUUGCUUAUAAAAUGUCAACAACUGAAAAUAAACAAAUUUCAACAUUGGUAAUGAAUUCAUCUAAAGAUCUCUAUGAGAAAUUACCAUCGACAAUGUUUGAAUUUCUAAAUUCGAAUAUUCUAUUAUCAAAAAUAUGUAAAAAUCAAAGAGAUAAUUAUCAAAACCUGGCGACAUCUAAUUUGCUAUCUGCUGCGCUAACUUUAAGAAAUAUUAUAAAUAAAUUCGAUUCAUUUCUUACAAUGCAAACAAUGAUAAUUCAUAUUAUUGGCGCAAAUAGAAAAGAAAUUCAAGAAGUAAAUUCGUGGAAAAUAUUUUUAUACUCAUUGCGAGAAUUAAAAAAUUUAGAAAUUUGUUUCAUUCGACCAGAAAUUGAAAAUUUUUCAGAAAAAAUUAUAAAUACUUCUGAUUUUGAAACAAUUACAAUAAAAAGAUUAAAAAUCCAAUACGUCAAUAAAACAUAUGAUAAAUAUUUUACAUGUAAAAAAUUUAUAAAACCGCAAAUAAUCUUAGGAUGUAAUCUCAAUAUUCAUGAGAGUAAAUUAUUCGAAAUUUCGGAAAAUACUUGGAAGGAGACAAUUUUAACGGUGGAAAAAGUUGGUGUUCCAUUUAUUUUAACAUCGGGUACAAAAGAACGUGCUGAAAUGGAGCAUAAAAUAAUUUGCGAUCUUCUUGGAAAAUCUGUGAAUUUUCAAUUUUUCGAAGAAAAUCCAUACUCAUCAUUAACACCGGAAAGAGAUUUUGAAACAGAAGGAGUCAUGUAUGCAAAUAAAUUUGUAAUUGCUUACGAUGGAAAAUAUCAAAAUUCCUCAAAUUUGACAAAUGAGAACAAAAUUAAAAUUAAUGAGAAUUCACAAUUGACAACAAAUAUUACAAUAACAGAAGAAAAUAAUUCAAAGGCAAAAGAAAUUAUCAAUAAAACUAAAGAAAUAAAAGUUUGUAAAAAUUUAAGCAAUGAAAAUAAAAAUGAAACUUCAGAUUUAUUAUUAUUACAGCAGCGUAAUAAAUUUCUUAUCGAUGAAAAUGAAAAAUUAAAAGAACAACUAAUUUCAGCGAAUACUCAAAUUACAGAACAAAACAAUCAAAUUUUGAAUUUAAAGAAAAUUUUCACCAAUUUUAUUGAAAAUAAUCCAAUUUCAGAAUUGGAAAAAUUGUAUACCAAUUUCAUUGAUAAAUUUGAAAAGAAUAUUAAUUCAAUUUGUAAGAAUUAAAUUUUAAAUUUCAAAUUUUUUUUAACAUUUGUGUGUUUAAAAUUACUAAUAUUUCGAGAAGUUUUAAAAACGAUUUUAA